CCUCGGGUUCGACAUGUCCGGCCUUGAUGGUGGCUCGUCCGACUACUUCGAUGAUGACCUGGCCGACUUUGUCGUCGACCGCCCCUCGGAUGCGGCAGGCUCUCCAACCGAUCCUGAUACCCCUCCACCAGCCAAGCGCCGUCGCCUGAGAGCUGAGGGAAAUGCUUCAGAGGGCCUACAAUCACAUCAGAAACACCGGACGGGUAAUAGCGAUGGUUUUGAAAGUGGUCCAAGCUCCGACUUGUUUGUCGACCAGAACGAUGACGAACUGCCAUCGCCUCAGCAAGAGUCAUAUUACUUCCAGGAUGAUCAGGACCGAGACGCACGGUCCAAAUACAAGGUCUUCGCGCCGAAGAACAGAAACCUUCAGGAGAACAUCUUUGUGACUCAGCUAACGCAGCCCCCUUCGCCUCCUGAGAUGCUUCGUGGCCCGCGCUGGAAGAAGCCCGAUCGGGGCUUGCCUCCUCGAACUACAACCGCGCUGCCGGUAAACCAAAGGAGAGGAAGCGGGGCUGGUGCUGGCAAUGAGAAUGACGAGUAUGACGAUGAUGAAGAGCUGAAGGCGGCAAUUGAGGCUUCCAUUCAAUCGUUCGAGGAAGAGAGUUCCAGACCGGCACCCUCACUGCCUGUACAUCCAUCACCUCGCCCUGCUGUUCCCGCCGCCAGGCAGCCGAGCACUGCCACCGAUACCUCCAAUGACCUUUUUGAUGAUAUCCCCGACGAUGCCUUUGAUUCAGAUCUAUCUUUGUCUCCGCCGCCUGUCACCCAGUCUCGCCCGGCAGCUCGGUCUUUUACACAGUCUACAAACCGCCCGUUGGGCAUUCGCCAAACCACGCUGUUUGAUCUGGCUGCCCGAAACCCGGAGAAUCAGCCACCGCGCGGGGAACAGGUAUACGCGCCGCCUGAGAAGAGCGAACCACCUACGCAGCACAAAUUGAACCAAGACGCCCUGGGUACAUGGGUCUAUCCUACGAAUUUGGGCAAGACUCGAGACUAUCAAUUCAACAUUGCGCAGAAGGGCCUUUUCCACAACCUGCUAGUGGCACUACCCACUGGUCUUGGAAAAACGUUCAUUGCGGCAACAAUUAUGCUCAACUGGUUCCGGUGGACCCAAGAUGCUCAGAUUGUCUUUGUUGCGCCCACCAAGCCGCUAGUUUCUCAGCAGAUUUCUGCGUGUUUUGGAAUCGCGGGAAUCCCCCGAUCCCAGACAACCAUGCUUACCGGGGAGGCGGCCCCGGGAAUACGGGCUGAAGAAUGGAAGGCCAAACGCGUAUUUUUCAUGACACCCCAAACUCUGGUCAACGAUCUCAAAACUGGAAUUGCUGACCCCAAGCGGAUUGUUCUGGUCGUUGUCGAUGAAGCCCAUCGCGCAACUGGUGGUUAUGCGUACGUAGAAGUUGUCAAGUUCCUCCGGCGGUAUAAUCAGAGCUUCCGUGUUUUGGCCUUGACAGCCACGCCUGGCUCGACAGUGGAGUCUGUACAAGCUGUCAUUGAUGGACUGGAUAUCUCGAGGGUCGAGAUCAGAACGGAGAAUUCACUAGAUAUCAGGGAGUAUGUCCACUCCAAAAACACGGAUGUGCAAACGUUUCAGAACUCGGAAGAGAUGGUCCUUUGCAUGGAUCUUAUGUCAAGAGCCCUGCAACCGCUUCUUGAUCAGCUGCGAAGUACAAAUGCCUACUGGGGCCGAGAUCCCAUGGGACUUACUGCGUAUGGUCUCACCAAAGCCAGACAGCAGUGGCUGCUGUCGGAUUCUGGCAGGAAUGCCCAUUUCGGUGUGAAGGCCAAGAUGAAUGCCAUUUUUACCGUUCUGGCAAGCUUGGCUCAUGGGAUUGAUCUUCUCAAGUACCAUGGAAUCACACCUUUCUACCGUCAUCUGGCGCAUUUCCAGUCCAACACGGACGGGCAAAAGGGUGGCAAGUACCAACGACAGAUUGUGCAAGAUGACAACUUUAAAAAGCUUAUGAGUCACUUGCAGCCGUGGGUCAAAAACCCAGAGUUUAUUGGCCAUCCGAAGCUGGAGUAUUUGAAACAGGUUGUGUUGAAUCAUUUCAUGGAUUCUGGUGAAGGCUCCGGUGCAGGCGAAAAUCAGGAUCAAUCGGCCACCCGCGUGAUGAUUUUCGUACACUUCCGUGAUAGCGCGGAAGAGGUGACGCGAGUACUCAAAAGAUACGAGCCCAUGAUUCGGCCCCAUGUCUUUGUCGGGCAGAGCAGCGCCAAGGGCUCGGAAGGAAUGGGCCAGAAAACACAGCUGGACAUUGUGCAGAAGUUCAAGAAGGGGACGUACAACACCAUUGUUGCGACUUCAAUCGGUGAGGAGGGGCUGGAUAUUGGUGAAGUAGACCUCAUUGUGUGUUACGACUCCUCUGCAUCCCCUAUUCGCAUGCUGCAGCGUAUGGGACGUACUGGCCGGAAGAGGUCUGGAAAUAUCACCCUUCUUCUCAUGCAGGGCAAGGAAGAAGAGUCAUACAUCAAGGCCAAAGAUAAUUACGAAAAGAUGCAGCAGAUGAUAGCCAGUGGCACCCGGUUCACCUUUCAUGACGACAUGUCUCCGCGCAUCCUUCCUCCGGGCGUGCGGCCUGUUGCUGAUAAACGAGCAAUCGAGAUUCCCGAGGAGAAUGCUGCGGGGGAUUUGCCAGAGCCAAAACGGCGAGGACGGGCGCCCAAAAGGCCGCCGAAGAAGUUCCAUAUGCCAGAUAAUGUCGAGACUGGGUUCACCACCGCGUCCUCUCUGGCGGGGGCAACCAAGCGCAAAACGCAAAGCAAACGUAAGACUCGCACGCCGACUCCAGAACCCGUGGAACUGCCGGCGCUUGAAGAGGUCUUGCUUACCCCAGCGCAGCAGAACGAACUUGAAUCCCUCUAUAGCAAUGCCGGGCCUAGUGAGGAGUUGCUGGUCUGCUAUCCUAGAAGCGACGCCUUUCCACGCCUUCAACUCGCCCCAAGACCUACAAAGACAGUUAAACACGGGUCAUUGACCCGUCGCAUGGUCAAGACUUUGCAGAAGAUGGACCAAGUGAGCUCGGACUGUGAGCAUCGGUACAAAGAGGUUUUGGCCCGAGAGUCGGCCUCCCGAACGGAGGCUUCGGCAAUGUCACCCAGAUCCAACGGCCGUAAGGCCAAACCUAGUGCCACCGCUAAGACAAUACCACCCAAAGAAAAAGAUCCUAAUCAAGAUCCGGUCGAGGUCCGGCGAACACCGCCAAGAAAGCACUCAAUGCCGACGACCACCCCGGCGUUUGAACCAUUCUACUGCUCCCAGAGGACCCAAGACGAAGAUACGGAGGAUGACUUUGACCCUCUGGAUGUCGACACUCUCUUGAAUAGUAGCGUUGAUAAGCGGCCUCAGAAACGAGGCCUGUUUGUUCUGGAUAAUAGCGAUGGUUGAAUCGGCAUGACCUUGGAUAGCAUAUUGCAUUAGUACACUUUCGGUUACACAUACCCUGGAGCAAGAACUUCCUUCUACGAAAUUACCGACGGGUCUCCUCCUUCUAUCCUCCAGGUCCAUGGAUCGAGAUAUGGCGUAUGGUAUUUCAGAUCAUGGGAAUAGUUGGGUAGCUCUGCGGUCAAUGCUAUUGGAAAUAUGAAA